AUGGGUGGUGCAACAAUGUAUACUUUGGGUGUGUCCCUAUUUGCGGCCAUUGGCACUUUUCUUUUCGGCUUUGACACCGGCAUAGCUACCACAACAAUCGCACAUCAAUCAUGGAUAGAUUACAUGGACCAUCCGUCCAAAGGACUGACAGGAGCUGUUGUGGCCAUUUAUAUCGCUGGCGAGGCUGUUGGCGCCCUUUUGCAAACCGCAGUCGGAGAUCAGUUAGGACGAAUUCGAUUCAUGCAACUGAUGUGCAUUAUCGUCACCAUUGGUACCUCGAUCCAGACAGGCGCCGUUAACAUCGGCAUGUUUCUGGCUGGUCGUUUCAUUGCUGGUUUUGCCGUCGGCGGAAUGGUUGCGACCGUCCCCAUCUAUCUCAGCGAGAUCUCUGCUCCAGCUAGCCGUGGCUUGAUCGGAGGUAUUUCAGGAUGCGGCAUUAGUUUGGGCACUAUGGCUUCCAAUUGGGUUGGAUUCGCUUGCAGCUAUGCUCCAUAUGGAGCUGUUCAGUGGCGUCUUCCACUCGCGAUCCAGAUCCCGUGGGGGAUCAUUCUUUUCAUCGGUCUCGCCACGUUCAUGCCAGACAGCCCGCGUAUAUUGAUCCGUAAAGACAAAAUCGAGGAAGCACGAAAACAAUUCCUCAACAUCCGCAGGGAUCUCAAUUCGCAUGAGGCACAAGCAGAGUUUGCGCUCAUGCAUGCGCAGAUUGAGUUCGAGAAAAAGAGAGAGAUCAAGUCUCUGGCGGAAAUCUUCAAGUUGUUCAGGCAUCGUGCUCUAGUCUCCAUUGCCGUUCAAACUAUGACUAGUCUGACUGGUGUCAAUGUCAUCCAGUAUUAUCAGACACUUCUGUACAAGUCGCUCGGCAUCAACUCCCACAUGAUUCUCGCCCUUGCAUCGAUUUAUGGCACCUGUGCAUUUGUAUCAAACGUUCUCACCACAAGAUAUAUCUUGGACUGGUGGGGUCGGCGGCCUAUGAUUCUGACUGGUCUUUCAUCGAUCGUGGUUAUCGAGAUCUAUGCAGCCGUUAUGCAACGUGAAUUUCAGAAUACGGAUAAUAAACUUGGUAAAGGCUUUGCGGUCCUCGGCAUUUACCUCUUUGUCGUCUUCUACUAUGGAAUGCUGAACAGUACGACUUGGCUCUAUGGUGCUGAAGUGCUGCCUAUCGCACUUCGAUCCAAAGUCAUGGGCCUCGCUGCGGCUUCGCACUUUAUAGUCAACGUUGGGAUCACGGAAGCCGGCCCCAGCGCCUUCGCCAAUAUCCACGAGAAUUACUACUACGUCUUCGUAGUUUGCUCAUUCUUCUUCCUCGUCAUCGCAUAUUUCUACUUCCCUGAAACGAAGCAAAAAACCCUUGAGGAAAUUGCAGCUGCGUUUGGUGAUAAAGUGGUUCUACUCACAGAGGAUGAUGUGGCCGCUGAAGCCGCCGUCAUGGGUGAUAAGCUUGAGGAGAUGCAAGUCGAGGACACAGAGAGGCGAAGGGUCUGA